AUGAACAACAACACAAACAACAGCAGCAACAACGGUGUCAAUGAUUCUCUCGCUGAACUGUUAUCCUUGCCUGUUGAUUUCACUGUGGAUCCUUUAUUAGCUACCCAUCCAUCUGGUAGUGGUUUGGCUCAAAAGAGACAAGCUUCCUUCUCCUCUGCUUCUUCUGUUUCAUCUGAAAACGAGCAAUCCUCCUCAGAGUCGAUUGUCUCGAUCAAGAAGUCAAGAUUAUCAUUGGAUGAUAAAGAUCAAAAGACCAAAGAAAGAAUUCUUCGUAAUCGUGCAGCUGCUCAAGAAUCUCGUGAUAAAAAGCGCAGAUAUGUCUCUGAUCUUGAAGCCACCAACAAAAAGCUCACUGAAGAAAACGAAAAGGCUAAUAAGCGUGUAAAGACACUGGAACAACAGAAUGCUAUAUUGAAUUCACAGUUGGAAGCGUUUACUCGACAACUAGCAAACUUGCAAGCACAAAUUAAAUUCAAUGCUGCUACUCCCAUCUUGUUUAACGACUUUUGCGAUUCAGCACGGAUCGCGAAGAAAGAAUGCUUGAUUGAAUGA